AUGAUUAAAAUUACUAUUUUCGUUGCAUUCAUAUGUUUGGGAUUGGUCUCAGCUCGUAGUUUUGGCGGCCGUGGAGGAUCAGGUGGUGAUAAUCAUCAUGAAAGACCAGGUGGUGAUAAUCAUCAUGAAAGACCAGGUGGUGAUAAUCAUCAUGGUGGUUCAAAUGAAGGUAAUAACAAGACAAUAGCAUCAACGCUAUGUGCCAAUACUACUUUGGCUGAAUUAUACGUGACACAAAUUCAAGCAAUCAUUACUCAAUUGAUCAACAAUGGUUCUUUUACGGAUUGGUUACAACAACAUGCACAAGAAGUGGCAUAUUUUCAAAAUGCUGACAAUACCGCUCUUCUUUCAACGAAUUGCACAGGAUAUUUCAGUGGUUUGGAUGCAGCUCGUGCACUUGACAUGACGGCCCAAAAUCAACGAGAGCAAUACAUAAAGAUUGGCAAUAGUCUCUUUCAAGACAUCCUUCACAAUCUCGUAGGAAAUGUUAAAGAUGAUAGUCAUGAAAAAUGA